UCAAAAUAAAAUGGCGGUCGAGAAGAAGUCGUCCAAAGGGAAUCUGUUUGAUGAUGGAAAAAUCGAUAAAACAGAUUCUCCUCUGGAGUUUCUUCAUCGAACUGGCGUAACUUCACAAAUAAAAGAAGGAAUGAAACUACUGUUAGAUAAUAGACCAGAAGAUCCAAUAGCCUUCCUAGUGGAGUACUUUGACAAUCAAGCAGAUACGUCCACAGCACUGAUCAGAGCCCAUCAAAAGUUAUGUCUUGUUCCUUACUCAAAGCCUGGAUUUUAUGACAACCUUGUGGAUGCAUAUGAUCUACUCAGAUCACAAAAAGGAAGCAGCGGACUCAGAGGAUUGACGGGCAAAUCAUAUAAUGAUAUAUUAACCUUAUUAUCAAGAGAUCUUUCAAGCAAUGAAGUUGAACCACUAAUCAAACGGAUCACAUGCUUUGACUAUGAAGUCGUAAGAUUUUCAAUAUUUAGAAGAGGAGUAUUAUCCUUGCUGAUUUAUCAAGAUUUUUUAAAGCUGGCUGAAUCUCUUUAUUGUGAACUGGAUUUGUAUGAAAGAGGGAAAGCAGAUAAGCAGUUGUGUGAAUUAUGUCUGCGAUAUUUAAAAGAAGCUGUAACAAAUUCGAGUCUCUCWGACCCCAUAAGUCUAAUUCAAGCUGGUGCACUUUUAAGUUCCAAUUCUUUUCAGAAGGCUGCAUUAGAGGUAUUGUAUAAAGGUGGACAUGACAGAAAAAUAUUAGCCAAAGAAGACUUCAUCAAAUCUGCAGCAGAAAUAUUCCUAAGUCAGAUUUCUGUAUUCAAAUAAUUUUGAUAAUAUUUUUUAUUGCAACUAUGGCUGAAUAAAGUAUUAAAUUAGAGUGCACGCACUAAAACYGUGAACAUCAAAUAGUACUAAUUAGUACUAUUUCAUACAGAAUCCUUUGUUUUCUA